AUGACUGCAAUGGUGGGAAGUUGGCAAGAGUCAACAAUUCCUGUAUCAGAAGAUUGGCCAGAAGAAGGAACUUUGAGCUUGUGUGAUUUUAGUACAGCUUACAGAACUAGUUUGAAUCCUGUACUUUGUAAUAUAAAUUUGGAUGUUGGAAAUGGAGAAAAGAUUGGAAUUGUUGGGCGAACAGGAGCUGGAAAAUCAUCUAUAAUAUUGUCUAUUUUUCGAAUUAUUGAACCAAUCAAUGGAUGUAUUUUAAUUAACAACUUGGAUAUCAAUCACAUAGGCCUUCAAAAAUUAAGAUCAAAAUUAACAGUUAUACCUCAGGAUCCAGUUAUAUUUGGUGGUACAUUAAGGAUGAAUCUUGAUCCAUGGGAUGAGCAUGAUGAUGAUAGCUUAUGGUCUGCUUUAGAGCAUUCUCAUUUAAAAAAUUUUGUAUCUUCUCUUCCUCAUGGUCUUGAAUAUGAAUUAACUGAAGGAGGCUCAAAUAUCAGUGCUGGACAAAGGCAAUUACUAUGUUUAGCAAGAGCUCUGUUGAGAAGAACUCGUAUAUUAUUUUUAGACGAAGCAACAGCUUCUGUAGAUUUAGAAACAGAUCAAUUUGUUCACAAUACUAUACGUGAAGUAUUUUCUCACUGUACUAUUAUAACAAUUGCUCAUCGACUUCACACCGUUAUAGAGUGUGACAGGAUAAUUGUUCUUUCUAACGGCUGCAUUGUUGAAGAUGGACCGCCUCAAAGGCUUCUUCGAGAUUCUUCAUCUUAUUUUUAUAGCAUGGCAAGAGAUGCGGGUCUAACUUGAACAAGAAUUCUGAAGUUCUUCCAGAAUACUUUCAUUCAAUUUAUAGUUAUUUGUAUCUUUGUUAUCUUUAAAAGAUAGCAAGGUACCAUUCCUCAAAAUUUAUAUUUUGGAAAUUUUUAUUUUAUAUAACCAAGUUUACAUAUGUAGUGAAACAUU